CAAAUGGCUGCCACCUGCAGAGGAUGUUACACCUCCCACUAAAACUUUUCAAGUUUUCUCUAUUAAACAGGCAUUAAAAUUAUUUUGAAAACUUUUUUGGGUGUGAGAAGCUUCCACUGUCGUCAUGCCGACUGUGAAGGGAGAUGGAAUGCGCGGCCUUGCCGUCUUUAUAUCUGAUAUCAGAAACUGUAAAAGCAAGGAGGCUGAAAUAAAGAGAAUCAACAAAGAAUUGGCCAACAUCCGCUCCAAGUUUAAAGGAGACAAGACCUUGGACGGUUACCAGAAGAAGAAGUAUGUGUGCAAGCUUCUCUUCAUCUUCCUGCUGGGCCACGAUAUCGACUUUGGCCACAUGGAGGCCGUCAACCUCCUCAGCUCCAACAAGUACACAGAGAAACAGAUUGGCUACCUGUUUAUCUCUGUGCUGAUCGGAGCCAACAAUGACCUGAUGAAGUUGGUGAUACAGGCGAUCCGUAAUGACCUGGCCAGUCGUAACCCUGUACACAUCACUCUCGCGCUCCAGUGCGUGGCGAAUAUCGGCUCACGCGAGAUGGCAGAGGGACUCUCUGUAGAUAUACCAAAACUUCUUGUCUCUGGGGACACAAUAGACUCUGUUAAGCAGAGUGCAGCUCUCACCUUGCUAAGGCUACUGCGGUCAUCACCAGACAUCAUUCCCAUGGGAGAAUGGACAUCCAGAAUUAUACACUUACUCAAUGACCAGCAUAUGGGUGUUGUGACAGCAGCUGCCAGCUUGAUUGAAAAUCUAGUGAAGAAGAACCCGGAGGAAUACAAGGGCUGUGUCUCCCUGGCUGUGUCCAGGCUAAGCAGGAUUGUGACAUCGUCCUACACAGACCUACAGGACUACACAUACUACUUUGUGCCAGCCCCCUGGCUGUCAGUCAAACUUCUGAGACUUCUACAAAACUACCCUCCUCCAGAGGAUCCGGCAGUGAAGACACGGUUGACAGAGUGUCUCGAGACAAUCCUGAACAAAGCCCAAGAGCCGCCAAAGUCCAAAAAAGUGCAGCACUCAAACGCAAAGAAUGCUGUGCUGUUUGAAGCAAUAAACCUUAUUAUACACAUGGACAGUGAUCCCAACCUUCUAGUCAGAGCCUGCAACCAGCUGGGACAGUUUCUACAACAUAGGGAAACAAAUCUUAGAUAUCUUGCUUUAGAAAGUAUGUGUUUGCUAGCUACAUCAGAAUUUUCCCAUGAAGCUGUGAAAAAGCACCAAGAGACUGUCAUAACUGCAUUAAAGACUGAGCGAGAUGUGAGUGUACGACAGCGUGCGGUGGACCUGCUGUAUGCCAUGUGUGACCGCACUAACGCCGAGGAGAUAGUUGGGGAAAUGUUGGAGUACCUUGAGUCAGCUGAUUACUCCAUUAGGGAGGAAAUGGUGUUGAAAGUUGCCAUCCUGGCUGAGAAGUAUGCCGUGGACUACACCUGGUACGUUGAUGUUAUCCUGAACCUGAUUCGUAUUGCUGGAGACUAUGUGAGUGAGGAAGUGUGGUACCGUGUCAUACAGAUUGUCAUCAAUCGGGAUGAUGUGCAAGGAUACGCAGCCAAAACUGUCUUUGAGGCCCUGCAGGCUCCUGCGUGUCAUGAGAACAUGGUGAAGGUGGGCGGCUACAUCAUGGGCGAGUUUGGUAACCUUAUAGCUGGAGAUCCUAGGUCAAGCCCGCUGGUUCAGUUCCAGCUGCUGCACUCUAAGUACCACCUGUGUUCCCCGGCCACACGAGGGCUGCUGCUCUCCACCUACAUCAAGUUUAUCAACCUCUUCCCAGAGAUCAAACACACCAUACAGGACGUCCUGAAAAGCGACAACAAUAUGAGGAACUCGGAUGUAGAACUGCAACAGAGGAGUAUCGAGUACUUGCAGCUUAGUUCAAUAGCUACUGCUGAUGUUUUAGCUACAGUGUUGGAAGAGAUGCCACCAUUCCCAGAGCGUGAGUCCUCCAUCUUGGCCAAACUGAAGAAGAAGAAGCCGAAUAGUGUGCCCGAUGGCUCGGAGCAGAAGGACCAGAUGCCCAAGCUGCCCACUGCCCAAAUGUCAAAUAGCAGCGACUCUGCCCAACCCACCUCUAUCAACCUCAUGUCUCAGUCCAAGGCUGAUGCACUUGUGUCCUUUGAGGAACCCCCAUCGACAAUAACGGUUACCACCACAACGACCCCUGGGGUCACGUUUGCUGGUUUCCCUGGAGAUACAGGGACCAGUUUGGAUGACAACUUUGGCGACUCUUUGACAAACCUAGGGGCUGGUGCCCCUGAAUCAGGCAUAACUCUCCAAGGAUUCGAUUUUGGGGAGAGCAGUACUGAUGACUUUUUAGACCAAGGAUCGCCAGCUGCAAGCGGGGCAGCUUCAGCUUCUGUUGACUUGCUGGGCCUUGGCACACCAACCCAGACGACAGCACCCCCUGUUGGCGGAGGAGAUGGCUUCCUAGUGGACAUGUUUGAUACUCUGACCACCAGUUCACCUGCACCAGCAACCAAUGGCAUGGACCUUGGUGGCCUCACUGGCGGAGCAGAGGAGGCUUUCAAAAAGUUCAUCUGCAAGAACAAUGGUGUGCUGUUUGAGAAUGACCUGCUACAGAUUGGUGUGAAGUCUGAGUACCGCGAGGACCUGGGCAGAGUCUGGGUGUUCUACGGAAACAAGACGUCUUUCCAGCUCAACGCUUUCUGUGUGGACAUUAGUACACCCGGCGACCUCGCUACCAGCUUGUCAGUUCAGCAGAAGCCUGUUGGAGGGGAGGUGGAGGCAGGGGCCCAGGUCAAACAACAGUUCAAUAUGGCCUGUGUACAGGAGUUCACUGAUGCACCUAUACUCAACAUACAAUUCAUGUACAGUGGAGCCCAGCAGAAGAUCAACCUGAAGCUGCCAGUGGUCCUGAGCAAGUACAUCACCCCAGCUGAAAUGGACUCCGGCAACUUCUUUGGCAGAUGGAAGGCACUUAGCAAUCCCAGUCAAGAAAGUCAACAAAUAUUUAAAGCCAGCGCCCCAAUAGAUAUUGAAACAACAAAAAGCAAGCUGCUGGGAUUCAAUGUGAGUGUCCUAGACAAUAUAGACCCCAACCCGGAGAACUUUGUGUCUGCUGGCGUCCUGCACACCCGCAACCAACAGGUUGGAAUCCUCGUCAGACUCGAGCCAAAUAAACAGGCACAGAUGUACCGGUUGACAGUUCGAGCGAGCCGAGACAGAGUUGCCAAAAUCCUGUGUGAUCUUCUACAAUCCCAGCUCUGAUUCUCACCGGGUGGAAUGGACAGAACUCUUGAUGCACUUACUGGGGACAAGAUGUCUCCCUUGUGUGAAUGUUGUACGCUUUGGGUAUAUGUAACAUAUGGGGUGAUAACAUUCUUUGUGGCCAUCGUCAUUCCAUUCAGUACACUGCAUUCACAAGAAAAUUAUAAAUCGUAAAGAGACAUAUAUCAUGUAGCUGCCUGUGAGUGAUUGUCGGUUUUAUUUGUUAUUUAUGAAUAUACUUGUAUACUAAAAUUGUUGUUUAUAUGGAGAUAUCCUUUGCAUAUGGAAUGUUAUAGUAUUACCAAAUUGUAUAUGUUUUCAUGAAGCUUUAUCUUUAAGCACUUUGUUAUGGGACCAUUGUUGAAAAACGCAUUGGAAUGGGUUGCGAUAUGAUAAUGAUUGCAUGUUUACUUAGAAAACUGGUAGAUAGACUUUUAUAUCCUUUUAACUGUGAAGGAAUUGUUCUUACUGGCCUUUCAGAAAUGCUGAGAACAUGUAGUAAAUACACUCUUGCAUGUUGCGUGUUUUUUCAGUAAUACCACUACCACUGAUGGUUUGAAAGUGGAAUAUGGCCAAAUAGUUCAGUAUAUUUUAUACUUGUGCAAUCAUUUUCAAGUUUUUCGUCUACAAUAAGUGCUCAUGAUUUUGAUGAAGUGGCGCUCAGUAUUGCCCUUGAUUCCUGGACAUUUAUAUCCGCUUAACCCCAUCUUAUCCUACUUGUGCAUGCUCCUUCAAGGUUUGAAUAACCAGUAUAUACAUGUACUAGAAUUUAGUAAUAUAUUUAAUUGUUGUCAACAUACAUCAUUUUGAACUUGAUUAUAAGCUUGUCAGGGGGAGUUUUUCAAAGAAAAAAGUUGAGGUAAUGUCAUAGCCAGCUGUUCUCAUUGUAGUGCAAAACUUUGCCAUAUCUCAAAAUUCACUCAAGAUAUUUCAAUGAAACAUGGUACACAUGUUGCCAUGGACAAUAACCACAUGUGUAGCAAGGCCCACUACUCUGACUUAAAUAACUGUUGAGUUAUUCCUCUUCUUUUAUGAAAAAACAACAACAGGCAUAUGCAUCUGCAGCAGGGUGCUCAUGUUAUAUAGUUUGACCUUGUGAACAUGUAAGCAAUCCCAAGACAAACUGUUAUUGACCAUUCACGUUUAAUAGUUAUACAACAUUCAUUGCUGUUUAACCAUUAAAAGUAUUUAUAUCUGACAAGCAAAACCAUUCAUUUUGUUUAAGGUUCCUAGAGAAGUGAUUAUUAUACAUUUUCCAUCAAAUCAGUUGUAUCCCAAGCUGUAAGUCUAAAGUUGCAUGGUUUAGGUUAUUUUGCAAGAUUUUAAAUAUAUUAUAUGUACUUAAUGGUCAACUCGCUGUUGUUGUUUUUUGCAUUCCAAGCAGAAGUGCUAUUGAAGGUAUACUUGGCAACAGUGUUUAUAGUUCAUUGUCAGAGUUUUUCAUUGUAAAAAUAAACAGCUUAAACAAGGUAAACUGUUGACCAUCUUAGACAGUUAUUUUAUUUCUUGCAACAUACCUGUGAUUGCAAAAUAUUUUCUUAAUAUAUCCUUAAUUGUUAGCUACAUGUCAUAGUUAGCUUCUACCUUUGUAUGGUGUUGAAUCAUACCUGGGAAGAUGCACAGUAACUGUUAACUACAAACGGCAUUAAGACAUUCAGGCCAUCAUAUCAUUGAGCGUACCACAAAAUAGGUUAUAAUAAGUAUAUAUAUUUUUAGUGAGUGUCACAAAUUCAGUUGAAAGUUUUACUUGCAAAAUCCUAUUAACUUUGCCUGAGCUGACCAACAUAGAGCUCUUUGUUCGAAAUAGAUAUUAUAACUAUUAAUUUGAAAAAAGCAGUCGUGCUAUAUGUGUAUUGGUAUGAUGGCCCCGUUAUCUUAAGUAAUGUAAUUUGUUCUGUAUUCGCUUUAUUGUGUUGUCCUUGAUAAACAUGUAGCAAGAUACUCAUAUUUACCAUGUUAUGUACAUGUACGUUUUAUUUGUAAAUAGAAAAUGAGAAGCAAUUGUGAUUAUGAAUUAGCUAAAGUAUAUAUAUCCUCUUCUUGUUAGAUAUAAGAGGAAAAAGUACAUUGAUAGCAGUUUAACAACAAAUAUGAUAAUGAUAUUUGUUCCUAAUAAAAGUAAUGAUUUCACUACAAAUUAACAACAGUCAAUUAUUUAAAACCUUUAUAAAUAAGAAUGCCUUGAAACAGAUGCACAUUGCAUUUUUUUUUCAUUAAUGUAAGAAACACAUCUCUUAUAUAGCUUUCUAUUUUAUUAAUUUUAUUCAAAAUUAAGACUGCAUAACACAAUUGUGUUUCGCAAAAAACUCCAGAAUGAAAUGGUUGUGAAAGCCUUACUUUACUUUUGUUAGCCUGCAUCUUGGCUUCGAAAUGGCAUUAAAGAUUGUGAGAAUUUCCUCGGAAGCUACUGAAACUGAAACUAUUACAUCUAGACAUUAAAGACAGUGUUUGUUGGAAGUAUUAAUGUAGAAGUCUCGUGUUAAAACUUAUUUACCUCAUAACGUUUUUUUAAUCAGUCUAAACAAUGUCUGUUGCAUUAUAAUUAAGUAGUAUAGAAAUAAAACAACAAUGAACAUUACAGCCGUUUCAAUUGCUUCAGUCUGUUUUUAAAGUGUGCAAUAAUCCUGUCAUGUUCAUCAUGCAAAUACUGUCUGUAGUUAAGGGGCUCUUCCAGUUUGCGAGAAGAUUGGUGGAAUUUUCACUCUGGGGGGCUCAUUUGUCAUAUGGUAGAGUCCAUACCAGUUUUGGAAGCUCAUGGUGUGAAUUCAAAUUAUUGUUUUUAUUCAAUGAUUAACCCAUACAAAAAUACUUUCACCUAAAAAUAUAUGAAAACAUUCCUGAGAGAUGGUGUGAAUAAAUCCUCCAUUUUCUAGAAUAAUAAAAAAUAGCUUCAGUAUACAUGUUACAAUGUAUGUUAAAUUAUGGGCUCAUAAAAAUCAUUAUCUACGUUGUGAAUAGAUGCAACCUGUAUUUAUAAUUAUGUACGUUAACACUCUGUGUAAUUCUGUAGUUUAUACAGUCUAGAUGUUACUGUGAGGAUUGUGUUAUAUAUUAUGAACUAAAUGGUUUCCUAGGAUACUUAAAUUUUGUAGACGUGUAUCAUGAUUAUUUUGUUUUAAAUAUGAAGAUGUUAUAAGUAAAUAAAAUGUCCAUAUCUCAG